AUGACGAUGGCCUCGAUACAAGACCGGACGACCGAGUUCCGGUCCAUCCUCGGACAGGCUCAGAAGCGAAUGGCCUCGAACAAAGUCGGCGCCCAACGCCAAGCAUUGCUUUCAGAUUCACAACGCCGCCAGGCUGAUGCGAGCCCAGAGGGCGCUGGAAAGAGAAGGUCCGAGUUCGCCAGGAGAGCCGUUGAGAUUGGUCGGGGCAUCACAGGUACAACUGCGAAAUUGCAGCGACUGGCAGAGUUGGCCAAACGGAAAACACUCUUUGAUGACAGACCCGUCGAAAUCUCCGAGUUGACAUACGUCAUUAAGCAAGACCUGGCUUCAUUGAAUUCUCAGAUUGCACAGCUGCAGGCCCUUACAUUAUCGCAGCACCCUCGAGCAAGCCGAAACAAAACGGAUCAGGAGGGUGAACAUAAUGACAAUGUCGUCGUUAUGCUGCAAGGCAAGCUGGCCGACGUAGGCGCCAAUUUUAAAGAAGUCUUGGAAGUCCGCACCAAAAAUAUUCAAGCAUCACGCUCGCGCACAGAAAACUUUGUGUCUUCCGUUUCAUCCAAGAGUCACACGCAAUUCGACCCUCAGCGAUCCGACUCGCCUCUCUAUAAUGCUCCACGUAGCAGAACACCCCAACCGGGCUUCCGCAAUGGCGGUAACUCUUCAGACCUUCUCACCCUCGAACCGUCGUCUUCUUCUGUCCUUGGCCAAGCCGGUUCUAGCCGUGGCACGUCCGACCAGCAACUCCUGAUGAUGGAAGAAGCACAGCCAAACAACACAUACAUUCAAGCUCGUGGAGAAGCCAUCGAAGCCAUUGAACGAACUAUCAAUGAGCUGGGCGGCAUAUUUGGCCAGUUAGCGACAAUGGUUAGCGAGCAAUCGGAAAUGAUUCAGCGCAUCGACGCAAACACGGAAGACGUCGUUGAUAAUGUCGAGGGUGCGCAGCGCGAGUUGAUGAAGUAUUGGACACGAAUGAGUGGCAAUAGAUGGCUUAUUGCGAAGAUGUUUGGUGUUUUGAUGAUUUUCUUCCUUCUUUGGGUCCUGAUAUCCGGCUAA